AUGGCUGACAAAGAUGUGUAUACCGGUGUGUGGCAGAACUGGAACCUAGGGCCGCCGCUGGGGUUGACGUUGACUGUCCCAGCCAUCUGGGGACUUGUCCUUAUCGCCGUUCUCGCCCUGGUCGUAAAAUGGGCGGGCACCCAUUUCUGGGGCAUCAUCUGUUUUGUCCUCCAUGAUAUCCGUGCGGCUUCGGCAUCAUCACACGAUGGCUUGCACUACCAGCAUCAAGCGCUCCUGCGGUCAAAGGUGUCCGAAACAGACUUUCUCAUCCGGAUGUGCCGACUCAGUUGGGCGUGGAGGGCAAGCACACCUAGAGUGUUUCGGAGAGGGUUCCCUCUCGCUAUCCUUGCCGCGCUGAAUCUGAUUGCGUUCCUCGUUGCUGGUAUUCUGUCCGCUCGUGUCACGGUCGGCAGUAGCGAAGGGCUUCUCGUCGGACAUUGCGGAAAUCUGGAGUUGACGGCAAACAAGGACUUUCCCCUGUGGACGCCGAGUGACUGGGAGACCGGCGACGCGCUGUUUGUCGCCGCCUACAACGCCUACCGCGGUCAUCUCACCUACGCGCAGACGUGUUAUGCAGGAAACAUCCAGAACAGCUCCGACGCGCAGUGCAAAACCCCGAGCAUCCCGUACAUCGAGUCGGAGAUCAAUCGCGAGGCGGAUUGCCCUUUCGCGGCAGGAGUGUGCACGCACCCGGCAAUAACACUGGACACGGGGUUGAUGGACUCCAGUCGCCACCUCGGCAUCAACAUGGGUCCCAAGAGUCGGUUACAAGUUCGGAAGAAGACGUCCUGCGCCCCGAUCGAUAUGGAGGCAUACUCUACAGAGUGGACUUCCGAGAUCCAGCCGGGGACCGAGAUGUUCUUCCCGACCCUGUUCCCCAACGACACGUUCAAGUAUUACUCCAUGGGCUCGAGCUGGCUGUUCGGGGCGCCGAUCAGCAACUUCACCUUUGUCAUGAGCAAUUAUUCGCUCUACGUGAAUGGGCUUCCAUAUACGUUCGGCGUCCGCACUGCAUACGCAAAGAACUUCACCGAGAGCGGCUUCUUUCCCGACCAAGACCUAAACCGCACAGACGCCGACGUCUCGCUGUUGACCCUCAACAACCGCGUCGCCUACACGGGCCGCGUCGACGACCCGUUCUUCGAAGCACACUUGAACUCGGGGGGUAACCGGCUCGCGGACGCAUGGGUCUCGGACAAGACCCUCACGGGCAUCGCCUGCACCGAACAAUACCAGUUCUGCAACCCGGCUUCUACUGACUCUGGUGGCUCGCCGCUCUGCGGGCCCCUAGGCGCGCUGUACGAUUACGACCUGACGACCCCGCCCGCGGCCCUCGCACUCAACGCGCGCCAAACCGCCACGUACCGUCUUCUGCGGGACAUGGUGUACUCGCUCCGCUUCAACAGUUUCAUCAUGUUCCUCAAGAACGAGAUCCUGGCAGCCAACAAGCUCGUGUACGGCUCCUUUGGGAUCUCGAGCCCCCUCGUCCCAACGGCAUGGCACAUCGAGAUUGAAAACAUCCACAACAUCACGCUGGCGGGGCUGCAGCUGAAUACGAUCUCCCAUGCGGCCGCCACGGACGUGCAGAUCCGCCCCGGGCUCCAGCUGAUCGACCACAUCGUGCCCGAGACGGACGCGGACAGUCUGGCGCUGUGCCGGAAUCAACGCGUCAAGGUGACGACGCACAGUUCCUUCAGCAUGGCGGGGAUUUUGAUCAUCGUGUGCGUGAGCGGACUUAUCAUUCUGAUUGACGUGAUUCUGCCGGGCCUGGUGCAUCGGUUCCAGCGCACCUCGCCUGUCGGGGACGCUGCCAAGCAGGCGUGGGAUGAGGACGACAUCCUGCAAAUCCAGCGUCUGGCGUUCGAGGGCAGGGGGAUUGGCCCGUGGAAGGGGAAGAGUGGUGGCAACGUCCCCGUCACCGCGGGCUGGGAUGUCCGCUUCCGGCGGGACAAGGUGUAUGCCGCAGGUGGCAAGACGGAGGUCAUGGUUCCCUGGGAAACGGAGGGGGAGUCGACGACGUCGUAUGAGGUUCUCGAGCCUUUGAAUGGCGCGUACAAGAACGACGGUGGUGCUGGAGGUGGGUUUGGGGGUGGGAGGGUCAGUGCGAUGGAAAUGAAGACGCCGCAGAGCAGUGUGUUUCGGUGGCAUGGGUGA